GCCCUUCUUGCUUGAAACUCAAUUGAAAGGUUUCUACAUAUCCUGCAUUCAUCAAUUGUUCAUUAUUCAUACGCUCAAUUGCUAUUCGAUCAUUCAUUCCUGUUCAGAUCGCUCCUUAUCCCUAAUCACCUAGUACAUAUCAAAUGGCCCAUUCUAAAACUGCAAUUUUGUCUGUCUACGACAAAACCGGUCUUUUGGACCUCGCCAAGGGCUUAGUCGCUGCCAAUGUCCGUAUCCUUGCCUCUGGAGGUACUGCCAAGUUAGUUCGUGAAGCCGGCUUCCCUGUUGAAGAUGUUUCUUCCAUCACUCACGCCCCAGAAAUGUUAGGUGGUAGAGUCAAGACUUUACACCCAGCCGUCCAUGGUGGGAUCUUGGCCAGAAACUUGGAAUCUGACGAAAAGGAUUUAUCCGCUCAAGGCAUUGAAAAGGUCGAUUUCGUUGUUUGUAACUUGUACCCAUUCAAGGAAACCAUCUCCAAGGUCGCCGUCACCGUCGAAGAAGCCGUGGAAGAAAUUGACAUUGGUGGUGUCACCUUGUUGCGUGCUGCCGCCAAGAACCACGCUCGUGUCACCAUCUUAUCUGAUCCAAAGGAUUAUGCUGGAUUUUUACAAGAAUUGAAGGAAGGUGAAAUUUCCUCUGAAACCAGAAACAGAUUAGCCCUCAAGGCAUUCGAGCACACCGCUGAUUACGAUGUUGCCAUUUCCGAUUUCUUCAGAAAGCAAUACGCGGAAAAUGUCUCACAAUUACCUUUAAGAUAUGGUGCCAACCCUCACCAAAAACCAGCUCAAGCUUUUGUUGCUGAAGGUGAAUUGCCAUUCAAGGUUUUGAGUGGUUCUCCAGGUUACAUCAACUUGUUGGAUGCAUUGAACUCCUGGCCAUUGGUUAAGGAAUUAUCUGCCUCUUUGAACUUGCCUGCUGCUGCCUCUUUUAAGCACGUCUCUCCAGCCGGUGCUGCUGUUGGUUUGCCAUUGACUGAUGUUGAAAAGAAGAUCUAUUUUGUCGAAGAUAUCGAAAACUUGUCCCCAUUAGCCAAUGCCUACGCUAGAGCCAGAGGUGCCGACAGAAUGUCCAGUUUUGGUGAUUUCAUCGCUCUUUCCAACAUCGUUGAUUUACCAACUGCGCAAAUCAUCUCCAAGGAAGUUUCCGAUGGGGUUAUUGCUCCAGGAUACGAGGAUGAAGCUUUGGAAAUCUUGAAGAAGAAAAAGAAUGGUAAGUACUGUAUUUUACAAAUCGAUCCAAACUACACCCCAGAAAACCUCGAAACCAGACAAGUUUACGGUAUCACUUUACAACAAAAGCGUAAUGACGCCAUUUUCAAAGGAAGCUCCUUCAAGGAAAUCGUUUCCAAGAACAAGGAAUUGACCGAACAAGGAUCAAUUGACUUGACCAUCGCCACCAUUGCCUUGAAGUACACCCAAUCCAACUCGGUCUGUUACGCCAAGAACGGUAUGGUUAUCGGAUUAGGUGCCGGACAACAAUCACGUAUCCACUGUACCAGAUUAGCCGGGGACAAGGCUGACAACUGGUGGUUCAGACAACACCCUAAGGUUCUUGGAUUCAAGUGGGCGAAGGGUGUCAAGAGACCAGAAAAGUCCAACGCCAUUGAUUUAUACGUGACCAACCAAAUUCCAACCACUGAGCCAGAAAAGUCCGAAUACGAAUCCAAGUUUGCUGAACUUCCAGAACCAUUAACCAAGGAAGAAAGAGAAGAAUGGUUGGGUAAAUUAAACAAUGUUGCUUUAAGUUCUGAUGCGUUCUUCCCAUUCCCUGACAAUGUAUACCGUGCCGUUAGAUCUGGGGUUAAAUUCAUUGCUGCGCCAAGCGGAAGUGUUAUGGACAAGGCUGUGUUUGCUGCUGCUGAUGCUAAUGAGAUUGUCUAUGUUGAAAACCCAAUUAGAUUAUUCCACCAUUAAGUAAACGUCUUUUUUAUUUUUGUUUAAACACUCUCUAUGUUUUUGUUAUUGUUAAUAUGAGAUUUGUAUUGUAAUAUCGUUCUUUCCUAUAUUGGUAAAUUACCACACACUACUACAACCAAAGUAGACACG